UGAACCUUCGGGUUCGGUAAGCCAUCUAGUUAGUUAGUAUGCCCUUAUUGCCAAGUAUAAGGACAGGGAUGUUUCUUUAUAACAUGCUGAAAGGUUGUUCCUCCAUUCUCCACACAUGCACGAGCACAACAUACACUAGACUGACAAAUUCGUUCAUACACACCAGGGUUUCCUCGAAUCAUCUGGCAUGCAUUCUGCACACGUUCCCAUAGGUCAUCAUCAUUGUUUAUGGGUGUUGCAUAAACGACGGACUUCAAGUGACCCCACAGGAAAAAGUCCAAUGGAGUCAGGUCCGGUGACCUCGGUGGCCAUGCUACUGGGCCACCAUGCCCAAUCCAUCGUUGAGAGUAGUGUUCAUUGAGAUGAUAUCUGACGCGAUGGGAGAAGUGUGCUAGGGCUCUGUCAUGCUUAAACCACAUUUGUCUUUUUGUAUUCAGUGGUACAGUUUCAAGGAGACGUGGCAAGUGUCUUCUUAAGAAUCACCAAUAUGAAAGUCCUCUAGACGCGAAGGAAGCAUGUGUGGACCAAUAAGCAUGUCGCCAACAAUUCCUGCCCAAACGUUUAUUGAAAAUUUUUGCUGGAAACUGGAUUCACUUUGAUAUAAAGCCAAUUCAUUGAAACUAAUUUUUGGCUAUUAUUUCGAAAAUGAAACAUUUGCGACCCCAUAUUCAUAGGAACAUUUUUUCUUAUUUUUGAUCCUGGAACACGCACACGAACUUUAUAAACAUACUUCUGACUCACCCUGUCUACUGUACUAUAUACUAUACGUUAAAGAAGAAAUACUCUGUAUGACAUGGUAAUUAAUUUUAUUAUACUGAGUUUCCAGUGUUUUUAUAAUCCCUAAAUGAUACUACUGUACAUCUUGCAGUAUACUAAUUUUAUGUAUUUUAUGAGGCCGAAAUGCAGAUUAAUACUCUAUAUUUCUAAUAUGCUUCUAUGCUUGAAGAAUUUUUUUGAAGUUUUAUUAUACUGUAUUUAGUCUUUGUAUAUAUUGCACCACCAUUCCAUAGAACUUUUGUUCUCAUAUGUUUUGGUAUCCUUGAUUAAGGCAAAGAAAGGUCUGGUACCCCAUGCAAAAUAAACUUGGAAAAUACACAACUUACAUAUGUAUAACUGAUAGAAAAUAAAGUACAGCUUGGUUAUAUUUCACAUCUUUUGAGAUAUAUUAGCUUUGCUGAAAGCUUACAAUCCUAGUUCAUUUUAAAUGGUUUGUGACACAGGAUUGCUCAGAGCUUGUGUUUAAUUCAUGCUGUUAUGUAUAAGAAUAAGGAUUUGUAGUACCCCAAAGGGUCCCAGUACCAUAGUUUGAGAACAGUUGGUUUACACUAUCUGAUGUGUGUAGAAUACAAAAUGUACAGUGGUUUGGAGUGGAUAAAACAAGGAUACUGAGAAGGGCAAGAGGUCCAUAGGAAACAAGAUGGCUAAGCCAGAGACCACGUGUACAAAUCUAGUAUGCUACCACAGAACUAACUCACAUUGUUUUAUAUUGAUGAUAUUUAUUUAUAUGACAUUAAGGUUUUUGUUGUUUUCAAUUAAAGUUUUGUAAGCAAUAUAACUAACAUUAUCACUUGUUAGUAAUUGUUCUUCAAAAACCAAUAGGUCAAGAGACAUUUCAAAGUAUAUCAUAGGCUGUACAUUGCAUCUUUUGUUUAGUUUGUAAUACAAUGUCAAGGCCCUCUGAAUCUGCACUGUUGAAUCUUGAAUAUUGAAUACUGAAUAUAGAAAACUAAAUACAGGAUACUGGGUACAGUAUAUAGAAUACCAAAUGUCCAAUAUUGAAUACAAAUAUAGAAUGUUUAUUGAAUGGAAGGGAAUGGAAUCGAAGAAAGAAUACAUUUUUUCUCUGCUGCCAAAAUGGUCCCUUUUAUACCAUAAGCCCCCUUACGGCUCCACAACCAAAAUUCCCAGCUUUGCCCAAAAGGAAAUGUAACCUCAGCUCCUAUUGGCGUGGGUCCAGGUUCGGUUCGAAAGCCCUCCCCCUUUUCACCCAACCCUCAGGGAGUCCCUCCCACACUUUUACUUCCAAAAGGGCAUCACUAACUUAGGCUAAGAGUAGGUAAUUCAGAUACAAGGGAAUUUCCAAGUCCGGGAACUCCCAAGACCUCUGCUUUCCCAAGUACUUCAAGUACUGCUACAUCACUCAGUAUCAGCUGUCCAUAGUCGAUCCCUAGCUUACAAUAGUUCUGAAUAUAAAUUAAAUACACAGGAAUCAUAAACUAAGAAAAGAGAAGCAGGACAAUAAGUGGAUAAUACAAAACCUUAUUACCUAGCAGACAAAAGUUGGGUUUCUUACAAGUACAAACAAAAGAAAAUAGCAUACCCUGGCAAGGGGAUUGAUGAGCGGUUUAAAAUGAAGAGGUGGUAAGGAAGAGCAAGUACAGAAAAUCUUAUACUGUCAGUUUAGGUUUAUGUUGUAAAUUGUAUUAGGCCUAUAAUUUUUAAAUGAGGAAAAUGGAUAAGUAAGUAAGUACUAUGCUUAAUGGAGUGUAUAAUUUUGGCCUUUUUUUAUGAUUGGAGCAGAAGAGACUAUGAAUGAAAAAUAACCACAUUAACUCUAAACAUGACAUUAAAUUAACUUUCCAAUUAAUACUACUGAAUAAUAAUAGUCUUUGACACAGGACUUCAGUUCUACAGAGGAAUUUGAUUAGCCACUUUGAAUAGUGUGAUUUCACAUUUUUCUUCAUAAAUUGCUGUCACAUCUUGGCUGCACUGCUUGAAGCAUUCAGUGAGCAUUAUUGAAGUUUUAACUAAAGGAGCUUCUUAAAAUUAAAUGACUUGUGUAAGAUAUGACAAAAUAAAUUUUAAAAUGUACUUUGUAAUAUUGUGACUAAUCAGAAAUGAUAAUUGAUUCUCUGCGUAAUAUUGCUUAACCUGCAUAUCCAUUCCGAAAACUGUGUCUGUUUUAUGUUCUGAGUUUAUAUUAGACACAUUCCUUUAUGACAUCUUAUAGGUUAAUCUUCUUCCCAUUCAGAUUAGAAACAAAUGACACCUGCAUAAUCUUGCAGUUUCAUAUUGUACUUUUAUAAUUCUUACUAUCCCCCCUCCCAAUAAACAUUUACUACAUUUGUCUUGAGUGCAGCUUAUCAUAAUAUCCAGAUGGUAUAUUUCAAGAUACGUCACAUGGCAGUAUUAUCAGACAUUUGUCACAAAGUAAAGAACUGAAAAGCCUUAUCAGGUUAAUCUGGCUUUCAUUGGAGAGGCAUGUUAACACAUGAGUCAUAUUUACCCACGUCAUAAACAUACAGUGUUUAAUCAAGAGAUAAGAUAUUUCUUGCAUUAAAACUGAGCAGUUGUCUCCUUCAUACCUUAGACACUAAUAUGCACUUGGUCUUAACUGUCUCGUUAAUGAAGCUAGAAUCAUGUUGCUAAGGAAACUUGGUCUUGUUGUGUGGAAAAAUCUGCUACUUCGCAAAAGGCACUGGAUUGCAACAUCAUUUGAGAUUGUGAUUCCUAUUGUACUUUUUAUUGUGGCUGCUGUGAUACGGUUUAUGAUAACAUCUUCUGUUGUUAUUAACCCAGCAAAGUAUUUUCCAGUUAAGUAUGAAUACAUGCUGAAACAGUACUUAAUGUAUGACUCAUCUCUACUUUAUGCCCCAAACAAUAGUUUUACAAGAUACAUAAUGGAUAAUGUUGAAUCUAGUGGAAAUUUGUCAGUUGGUACACAGGCUUUUGAUAGUGAAGAUGCAUUGCUCAGCCACUAUGAGGCCAUAAAUGAUACCAGGAGUAUUAUUCAUGCUGUUGUAUUUGAAGAUUUGCCUCCAAAUGGAGGUCGACCAAAUAAUUUGAAAUUAUGUAAUCACCUUACAGAAUCCUAUCUUUAUUCUUCCUUCCUGAGUCUCCAACUACUAGUGGAUAAAGCAUUCAUGGAACUACAAGAAAUAAAUGCUUCUGCCUUUCAAUUUUCUGUUCAGAAAUUUCCAUAUCCUGAAUAUUCAGAAAAUUAUGAUGUCUUCAUAACAAUUUUCACUACUGUCCUACCACUGUUCACAAUUCUCAGUUUUUUGAUGCUGUGUCCAUCCACUCUGAAGAGGAUUGUGGAAGAAAAAGAAACUGGAGUGAAGGAAUUGAUGAAGAUGAUGGGUCUGAAGACAUGGAUGCUAUGGCUUAGUUGGAUGAUAAAUGCUUUACUUGUGAAUGUAGUUACGGUCACCAUAAUUACAAUUAUACUGAAAGUGCCAUUUGGUGAUAUUGCAGUACUGCAUCAUUCAGAUUUCUUUCUGAUAUGGCUCAUCCUUUUGUUCUACUGUACAGCUGGGAUUACCUUCUGUUUUGUUAUUGGUUCAGCCUUCUCUAGACCAAACUUGGCCAUGAGUGUUGGCUUUGUUCUGUGGUUUGCAACAUACUCCGCUACAGCCUACCUUGUUAUGACUGGAGAUUCUGUUGAUCUGGGUGUCAAACUCUUAUCUGCUGUUCUUCCCAACACAGCAAUUGGUUGGGGCUUUGGUUUGAUUGUAUCCUGGGAAGCAAGUGGUGAGGGACUGUCCUGGGGAAAUUUUUUUUCACAUCCUAGUGGUAGAGAAGGUGACAUCAGUGUUGGUCUUGUAUGGGUGAUGCUUAUUGUGGACAUUGCCAUAUAUAGCAUUGUGACAUGGUACAUUGAUUCUGUCAUGCCAGGCAAAUAUGGAGUGGCAAAACCCUGGUACUUUAUUUUUAUGCCAUCCUAUUGGUGCAGCAGUAAGGUCAAUGAUGAAUUUUAUUCAGGUGAUCAAACAAAAGUUAACACAAGGUUUGAAAAAACCCCUAAUAAUCUGCAUGUUGGGAUUAGGUUACAAAAUCUUCGUAAAGUAUUUCAGUCACUGGGUGGAUUCAAUAAGAAGGUGGCGGUGGAUGGAGUCACUCUAAAUAUCUACAGCGGAGAGAUUACAGCACUGCUUGGACAUAAUGGUGCUGGUAAAACGACAACCAUGUCAAUCCUCACAGGCAUGUAUUCUCCAACAAGUGGUUCUGUGUUUGUUGAUGGCUAUGACAUCUGUAAAAACUUGGAUAAAGUUAGGGAAAGCUUGGGCCUGUGUCCACAACACAGCCUGCUCUUCACAGACCUUACUGUCAUGGAGCAUCUUCUAUUUUUUGCUAUGUUGAAAGGGUACUCUAGACAGGAAGCAAAGAAGGAUGCUAUAAGAUUUCUUCAGAUAUUGAAUCUUACUGACAAGAAAAAUGAAAUGUCUUCAGCUUUAUCUGGAGGAAUGAAGAGAAAAUUAUCUUUGGGCAUAGCUUUAAUUGGAAACAGUAAAGUCUUGAUCUUAGAUGAACCAACAUCAGGAUUGGAUCCAGAAGCCAGGAGGGAAAUAUGGGAUAUCUUGUUGAAUAUGAGAGGGGAAAGGACUAUCUUAAUUACAACACAUAUCAUGGAGGAAGCUGAUGUUCUGGGAGACAGGAUUGCUGUCAUGUAUCAUGGCCAAGUGCAGUGCUAUGGUACUUCUUUAUUUCUCAAAAAUUUGUAUGGAACAGGCUACCAGUUAAACCUGCUAAAAGAAAAAUAUUGCAAUGUGACCAGGAUAACAGACAUCAUCCAGAAAACUGUACCUAAUUCUGAAUUUAAGAGUGAAAUGGGCUCAGUGCUGUGCUACAUGCUUCCCUCUGAGCAAUCUAAACAUUUUCCUAAUAUGUUUGAAAUUUUGGAAAGAGAUAAACAAAAUCUGGGAAUAUCUAGCAUUGGAGUCUCCAUAACCACACUUGAGGAAGUAUUCUUGAGGGUGGGAAAGGAGGCUGCAGAUGAAUAUGAUAAGAGCAUAAACUCUGAGCCAAUUCAUGACAGGUACAUAGCACUAAAUGGUAAUUCUGAAGCUUUGACAUCCAGCAAGAUUGUGGGGACAAGUCUGAUGAUUCAACAAAUAAUAGCCUUGUUUAUGAAGCGAGUUUUGUACAUGUACAGGGAGUGGAAAAUGAACUUAAUAUGGGCUUUGAUUGCCAUUGUAAUGGCUAUUGUCACAGUGAUUCUUGCAGGCAGUGGUAAUACUGAUACUGCAGCAGAACCUGCCCGCAUCUUGUCCUUAAGGGAUUAUGGCCCAACUGAAGUACUCUAUUCAUCAGAUGUUCAAUCAGUAGACUGGAGUGUUGAUGACUCAUACAUAGAUCUUGUUAAGUCUGUGGGGUCCAGUGUUAAUAAUCCUGGAAAACCUGUCAACCAUGCACUUCUGGAGGUUGGGAAGGACAGCAUCAAGAAUUACCAUACAAAAAAUGCCAUGUAUUCACCUUCUGCUUUUCAUGCAGCACCUAUCUCCCUCAAUCUUAUGACCAAUGCUGUUAUCAGUUCUAAAGACUCAAGCAAAUCAGUAACAGUUAUUAACCACCCUCUGAAGUCAAGAGAGGAAUCGAUAUCAAUCUCACUGGCGGAUAUGCUUCCGGAUAUUACCGUUAUGUCAUUGUGGGUGACUCUAAUGCCUUACAGUGUGCUGUUCCUCACAGGGAGCUUUAUUAAGUUCCCUUUACUAGAGAGAGUGUCCAAAGCUAAGCAGCUGCAGUUGAUGACUGGGGUCUUGCCCCUUGCAUACUGGUUCACAUGCUUUAUAUGUGACUUUCUCUACUACAUAGUUGUAGCAGGCAUCAUGGUGUUGGGAGUUUAUACUGCUGAUCCUCUUAAUGUCUUCAACCAAUCUGAAGAACUGAGUGUGUUCUUCUUGAUGUUAGUGAUGUAUGGAUUAUGUGGUAUUCCAUUUGCAUACACCUGUAGCUACUUACGAAGAAGUAAUUCAGGAGCAUUUAAUGUACUUAGUCUAGUAAAUAUAUUGACUGGAUUGAUAAUGAGCGUGAUAGUAUAUGUUAUGCUACUGGCAGAAGAGUAUAAAAGUGCUGGAAAUGGCCUUAAAUAUAUUCUACAAUUUAUUCCACACUUCUCCAUCACAUUUGGAUUUAUGCGCUUCUCAGACCUGGUCAUCAAGAAUAAUAGAUGCAAAAUUAAGACAAUAUCAUGCCCUGGAAAUGAUGUUUGCUGCCAACCUGGCUGCAAAGAUAGCUACUGCCCAUACAUAUAUAAGCCCUACCUAGCAUUUGCAGAUGAUGAUAAUCCAAAUGCAGCUGGUGAACAAAUACUAUAUAUGGCAGUAGACAGCAUACUUUACUUUGGCCUUAUAUUUUUAGUGGAAUAUAAAGUAUUUGAUAAAUUAUAUGAUAUGAUCAUGAAGAGAAUCAUUGGAACUGGAACUGAAGUACAAGAACUUGAAGAUGAUGUGUUGAUGGAAAAAGAACGAGUCCACAAAAUAGCAACAGCCCCUCUUCAAUGUGGGACUGAUGACAUUAUGCUGGUCCAUAAUAUAAUGAAAAAGUUCAGAUCAGCCUUCACAGCAGUAAAAGGAGUAAGUUUUGGUGUAGCCCCUGGUGAAUGUUUUGGGCUGCUUGGUGUGAAUGGUGCAGGCAAGACCACCACAUUCAGGAUGCUAACUGGAGAUGAAAUUCCUACUAGUGGAGAUGCACUGAUUUCUCACUACACACUUAGGAAUGAAAAGCCCAAGUUCCUUGCACAAAUUGGGUACUGCCCACAAUUUGAUGGCAUCAAUGAGACUUUGACAGCUCGUGAAAUGUUGAAACUCUUUGCUAAUCUUCGUGGAAUUUCACGAGUUGAUAUUGACAAUGAAGUCAACAAGUGGCUGUCAUUGAUGGGACUUCAGGAGUAUCAGAACAGACAGUGUGGAACAUACAGUGGUGGCAACAAACGUAAGCUGAGUACAGCCAUGGCACUGAUAGGGGAUCCUCCAAUUGUGUUCUUGGAUGAACCUACAAGUGGAGUUGACCCUGUGGCCAGGCGGAACCUGUGGACUGUGUUAACAUCUAUCCAGAAGUCUGGCCAAUCUGUAGUGCUUACUUCACACACCAUGGAGGAGUGUGAAGCACUGUGUAACAGGUUGGCCAUAAUGGUUGAUGGACAGUUUGUAUGUAUGGGAGGUAUCCAGUAUCUGAAACAGAAAUUUGGACAGGGUUUCACUGUAAUGGUGAAAUUGAGGGUGGGUGGAACCACUGAAGAGGCUGUGAACUCAGUGAAGAAUGAGAUGAUGAACAACUUUAAUACUGGCUGUGUUCUCAAGGAUGAACACCAGGGGCUGCUUCAUUACCAUGUGACUGACCCCAACACACCUUGGAAAUAUCUCUUCAUGGCCUUGGAGAGGGUCAAACAGAACUUUGACUUUGUGGAAGAUUACACUGUCAGUGAGACAACACUGGAACAAGUGUUUCUUUCCUUUGCAAAGGCACAAUCUGUGAAUUUGUGACCACGAUAUUCAA